CGCUGGCGACGCCUCUGGUGGCUCGACGUCUGACGUUGAUGGGGUCAAACCAGGGUCCAUCACAUGCCCGCGGACCCCGGGCGGAACUCUCCCGUCGGAACCUCGGUCGCGCAACGGUUGUCACUGCCGCGAGAAAACAGAAAACACGUCCUCCAGCUCCGCGCAUGUUGCUGCUCCCACACCCCCCGUAGACCAACAUGGCCGACUCCCCCGCCGCGCACCCGGCCAGCACCACCGUCCCCAGCGCCGACAGCCCUGCUGCGCCCACACCCGCAAACCCCACGCCCUCUCCGCGCCCACACCCCACACCCCUCCAAAAACUGCGCUUCCUCGUCGCCCGCCGCCUCGCCAAUGCCGCCCACUCCACCGACCGCACGCUCCUGCGCCUCGCCGCCCUCCUCUCCACGCCCUCGGGCAUCGACGUCGCCCUCGGCACAACCGGCUACACGCUGACCCUCCUCGCGGCCCUGGGCCAACGCGUCCUCACCCACCAGCUCACCGCGGCCGCGACCUCGCUCGCCGAAAAAGCGGCCCCGGUCAUGCUCCCCGGCGAGUCCCUCGUCGUCCAGCUGCCCGCCCCCGCACACACCACCCUGCUCGCGCAGUCCGUGGCCUCGAGCAACGCCAUCGCCGCCGUCAUCGCAGACUACCGCAUCUUCGUGCGCAUGUUCGGUCUUCUCGGACUUUACACGUGGGCUAGGGCUACAUGGCGCGCGCCGCUGCCCGCCGAUGCAGCGCCGCACGAGCGCGUGCUGCGUGGGACGACGUGGGCCGCGCUCGCGUCGUGCGUCGCCUUCCAGGUGCUGGAGAACGGGGCGUAUGCGGCGUCGAAGGGGAUGUUGACGGGUGCGGGGUGGAGCGGGGAGGUGGGCAAGCGAAGGGAGACGGUGUGGUGGGUGUGGAGUUCGCGGUUUUGGGCCGCGUAUGUGGGGUGUGAGAUUUUUAGGUUGGGGGUCGAGAGGGCGUGUUGGGCGCCAAAGGGGAAGAUGGAGGGAGAGGGCGAUGGUGAGAAGGAGGGCAAGCUACAGGCGGAGCAGGAGAAGAGGGAAGAGAGCAGUAAGAGAUGGGCGUGGUGGAAGGAUCUGGCUAGCAAUGUGGCGUAUGCGCCAAUGACGCUGCACUGGUCGGUUGAGGAGGGUCUGUUGAGCGAGCUGCAGGUCGGUGCCUUCGGCACGGUAGCCGCUGGUGCGUUGCUGGUUGAUGCAUGGCGGAAGACGGCAUAGUCUUGGUUGAGGGUGACGAUAUGGAGGUUUUCGUUUUGCAGUGUAUGGCUCAAAGAUACCACAACAUAGAGAUAGACAGUCAGGGGUGCAGCAUUUGCAGACAAACUUCAGUUUCAUUUGGAUCGCACCAUUCUGAUUGCGACUGUAUCGAAGUGCCACCAAGUUUAGCCUAGGAUAUAGACCUUAAUGAAUUCGAUCACACCUCCACGAACAGGCAUGAUCGGCCUCGAUUCUGCCACCCAUUGACAAAGCUGCUACAUGGUGCCAGUCACUCAGCAAGUCUAGCCUGUCCACACCUCGAUUCUGCC